AUGAACUCUGGCACCCCGCAACAAACAGCCUCAACCAGCACAAGCUCAGCUUCAACCCAGCCAGGGAGUCACAGGAAAGAGAGAGGUGCUAUUGCCGCCCAGACAUCUAGGAAAGACAAGACGUUGGUUGAACUCCUAGACAACGUCAAAGGAUUGCAUGACAAGCUGGACAACCUUGAGCGACGGCUCCCUCUUCACCCGAACUUAUUCGGCCAGCCCAGCACCGCGCCCAUCGUCACUAACCCUCCCAGCAUCUUAGGCUCGGCAUCGCUCUCGUCUCUGUCCUUGAACCUGCAGCAGCAGCAUCACACAGACACCGCGACUACCGGCAGCGCGUACAGAUAUGUUUCUGGGGCGCACCAGAUGCUGGGGUGGCCGGUGGUCGCGCAAAUACUGGAGCCCGCACUGCCCAAGAUCCCUCGUUUCAAUCUCACUUCGAUCGCUCACGAGGGUGUUGCAUUGGUCCUCGGGAUGGACAUGGAUGGGUCGACCAACUUUCGCAUCCCACCACCAACAACCGCGAACGAGAUUGCUGCAGCGACGUCCGGCCUCGACUGGGAAAUGAUGCAGAGCCUUUGUAGCGCCUUUUUCGACACUUUCAACUGCGCAUAUCCGAUACUGGAUCGUCAUUUGUUCAUGGACAACAUCAUGCCAUCGGCAGUCAAGAACCAGUUCAACGAGCCAACCUCAUCUGCACUGACUUAUCUGGUUCUUGCUCUGGGCCAGACUGCUAUCGAGGGCGUUCAAGGCGCUUCACUUGCUGUUCACCAAGCUCAAUCAGGUGGGAUAUUAGGUUCUUCCCGCGAACAACAUCCGGGUUUGGCGCUCUUCAACGCUGCCAGGUCCAAGAUGGGUUUCGCGUUCGCCGAUUGUACCAUCGAGAACAUCCAGAUUCACGCUCUGGCAGGGACCACUGGAGAUAUCUCACGGCAGCUUCUUCGAUUUGUAAUGCCAUGCUCACCGCUUGGUGUACCCGAGUUUGGGAGCACAUACUCUCAGGAGGAAUACAUGGCGAAUCAGACCUCUCAGUACCAAGGGCACUUUGUUUCGCAAAUUUUCCUUCGGGGCAAAGUCGUGGAAUGUCACAAUAUCCUGAGCAGUGGACCUCUACCAGGCCAGUUCAUGUCCCCUACAGCUGAGCCAACUGCCGCAUCGUUUCCAGGCACCGUCCGAGAACUAGCCGCUCAGCUUGACCAGCAAAUGUUGCUCAUCACUACAUCUCUCGACGCCGUGCCCAUCCCUUAUCCCUACACCGACAACAUCCACGGCGCUAUGCUCCGAACGCGCUACUACCUCGCAAAACUCGUCCUUUAUCGACCGUUUAUCUUCAAGGCACUACAUCACCCGGCACGCAUGGUCCAGGAGGAUUUCGACGGAGUGGCACAGUGUCUGAGGGCCUGCCUAAAGUGGCCGAUCAUAGCAGCGCUCUCGAGUAGUCGCAAGAGGCUCAUUCCGUGCCUAUUAUUCUGGACACAAAAUAUCCUUGGCGCGCUGGUCAUUCUGCAUCUCUCGAGGCAGGUUCCGAUCCUGCUCAAUAUCCGCACGACACUGUGCGGCGACAGCUUCGAGCUCGAGGCGCGCGAGACGGUAGAUUUGUACCUCGAAUGGUUGCGGGACCUGAGCCCUGUCGACAGGGCCGCGGAGUGGGCUUGGGACGUGGUGAGCUGCUUGUACCACGUGGAAGAAUGA